AUGCCCGGCAAAGGCAAUGGUGGUGGAAGCGAUGCUGCAACUGCAGCAAAUGGAGGAGCAGCAGGUAAUGGAUCCCAAGGAUUCCCUGGCGGCGGUGGACGUGGACUAGAUUCAGGUUUGGCAAAAUCAGCCCCUUCAGCAGAGGGACUCAACCAGAAGAGCUACAGAAGUUACAGGCGAAGACUCAAACUUUUUGCCAAACAAUGUGCACGUCGCAACAGGGACACUUCCAUAGAGGGAGCCUAUCUUGCAAUCAGUCUUCUACAAGAUUCGGCAUGGGAGGCUACGGAACAACUGGACCUUGACGAGGUUGAACUCGCAGAAGAGCCUUUCAGCCCGAUUUGGGAACUUUUGGACAAGCUCUACCAGUACGAGGACCUCAUCGAAGUCCCUAGCCGGUGCGAAGAGUUUUUCCAGGAGUUCAUGCGGAUGAAGAACGAAGAUCUACAGGCCUACAUCUUGCGGCAUGGCACUAUGAUGAAGAAGAUGAAGGAGGUUCACAUCGAGAUCCCCAAGCUCUUGGCUGGUUGGCAUUUGCUGACCCGUGCUGGUGUGCCCAAAUGGACGCACGUACAGGUGAAGUCAAUGUGCGGUGGCGACAUGGAGUAUGACAAGGUCAGCCAAGCUUUGAUGCGGAUGUUUGGAGGAGAUCAUCGACCCAAUCCAAAAGACCUUGGCAAGCUUCACAAGGACGACGUCUUCUACGAGGACAUUGAUGAGGAGGUCUUCUAUGAGGAGGACGAUGAUGAGUACUAUGAUGGCUUUGACGAGGACUUCGACUACAACAACGACGAGGUCUACUACGAGGACGAGAUCCCUGAGGAUGUGGAGAACGCAGCAGACCAGGUCGAAGAUGCCUACGUCAGCUAUGUGGAAAGUCGUCGUCGUAUGCGAGAACUGGCUUUGUCAAGAGGCUUCUAUCCCAUCGUUGCAUUGGGACCUGAGGUGCAGUCAGAGAAGGGCAAGGGCUAUGCACGAGGUGGAAAAGGCAAAGGCAAAGCAAAAGGCGGAAAAGGAAAGGGCAAGAGCAAGGGAUACAACAACAAUGGCAAUGGCUUCAAGAAGACUCCAUGGUCGAGACGGCCGGCAAGUGGUCUGAGGAGAUUUACACCGAGUUCUACACCGAGCACUUCAAGCGGCGCGAACUCUGAUCUGAGAUCAACUUUGUCUGGAUCAACAUCGCAGCAUGGACCUCGAUUCAAACGCUAUCGAGUACAAGGAGCUGGAGUCAAAGAGGUCUCAGAGGACCAGGUCACUAUGGUUGAGGACAUCACGGAGGACAAGAUCUACCAGAUCAAUGCAGCUGAGGAAUGCCUGUUCUCCAACAUGGUGACGGGCAUGGCAAUCGUUGAUUCUGGCGCUUCAAGAACGAUAGUUGGUGAAGAUGUCUGGAAGCAAUGGCUCGAGCACAUGCGCGAGCGCGAUGUCAAGGAGAUCCACUACAACAAUGAGGUCAGAGACUUUCGCUUUGGAGACGGCAAUGUGGUCAGAUCCAACUAUGAGGUGACCUUCCCAGCGUAUGUCAAGGGCCAGAAGUUGAACCUCGCUGCAGCAGUUGUUCCUGGCGGAACACCUUUUCUUGUGGCGCGACCUACGCUUGAAGAGUGGAAGGUGAAGCAGGACUACGAGAACGCCAGAUUGAAGGUGAUGAAUUCUGAUUGGUUCGAGCCCGAGCGCGACAAGAAGAAGCACUACAUUCUCAACUUGAUGGACUAUGAGGACAUCAAAGAGGAAGUCAACCACCAGCUGGAGGAGAACGACAAGAUCGGACUUUUGACAGAAGAAUGCGAGAUUGUCUUCAAGGACGCUCUGGAGAAUGACAUGGACGCGAUCAUGGUGGCUGAAGAUGUGCACGACAGUUGGACCAUUGAACCCAACAUCGACAAGGAAGGCAUGGUGGAAACAUCACCCAACUGCGCGGUCGACGUGGAUGUGAACGAUGCCCUGGAAUUGAGUGAGGUGGCGGUUGGCAAAAGCUUUGCUAGCCGCGGGCUCCUCUUCUGGGAGGUCUACGUCGACCGCGGAAACAUCUCUCAACACAUGGUCAACCACUAUCCCGACGUGGAGGUGGCAAAUUUUUCUUUGCCAGACUGGGACUUCAAGAAGGCGGAGAUCAGGAAGAGAUUUCUGGAGCUCAUGGACAUGGAGAAACCGCACUUCAUAUGGCUUGCGCCUCCAUGCACUUUGUGGUCACCCAUGCAGAACUUGAAUGCCAUCACCGAGGCUGACAAACAACGACUUCAAGAACUACGAGAUGAGGAAGAGUCAGCUCACUUACAACUUUGCAAAGAUGUUCACGACAAGUCCUACGACAUCUAUGCAGGCGAUGGCAUCGAGAACCCAGACAGAGCAAGGUCUUGGUUCACUCCAACUUGGCAGUCCAUGGAAGAAUACUAUGAUGUGGUGUGUGACCGCUGUCGCACAGGCCUUGCAUACUACAAGAACGGCAUCUUCCAAGGGCUUGUCAAGAAGAGCACAAGAAUCAGGACAAACAGUCCAGAACUUGCAGAAGCUUUGGACCUCAAAUGCCGAUGUCCACAAGGCGAACAUGUCCAGAUGAUUGGCAAAAGCGCGGCACUGAAGGAGAUGCAAAAGUAUGAGCCAAAUUUUGUCCAGCGCGCUGCAAAAGCAAUCUACAACAACAUGGAGAACAAUUGGCGUUUGAGGCAGAUCGCUCAAGUGAUGGUCACUGAGGAACUCAACGACGAGGAGGCUGAGAAAGAGAGAAAAGCAGCUCAACAACAACACAGAUUGACGGAGCAUGAUCGUCAACUGGCCAAAGAGUUUGGCCCAGCUUCUCUCAACGUGGUCAAGAAGUUGCAUAGACAGCUUGGUCAUCCUGGCAAUGACAGACUGGUCAAGGCCCUCAAGGAUGCGAAUUUUGAUGACACAAUCAUCAAAUGCGGACGUCAAUUUCGAUGUGACAUCUGCGAGUCUUUUGCCCCAAAGAAGCUGGAUAGACCAGCAUCUCUGCCACAGACCACACACUUCAACGACAUGCUGGAGAUGGACGUUUUUCACAUCAAAUGGCAUGGACAGAAACACAGGAUCCUUGCAGUUUUGGAUCUGCAUACAAGGUAUGAAAUGAACGAGGUGGUCAACAGUGAAAGUUUUGAUGAGGAAACAGCAGCUUUGGAGCGAUGGAUGUCUUGGGCAGGAGUUCCAAGAAGGAUCAAAACUGACUCUUCAGGCGCACACAUGGGAGAAGAGAUGCAGAGCUGGUGUGAUGAAUAUGGAAUCAAACUCAUCCUUGUGCCAAAGGAUGCUCACAACAGGAUGGGCACCAUCGAGCGUCUUCAUGCAGUGCGACGCCGACAACUCAUGAAAAUGAUGAAAGAAAACACCAGCUUAGACAUCCGCAAGGCAGUCAUCAUUGCCUGCUCUCAGCGCAACCGGCUGAGAUCAAUACAUGGAAUUUCUCCAGCAGCCAUGGUUUUGGGAUACACUCCUGAAGAUGAUGGAAUCUGCGAUGAGCCAACCAGGCUUCGCGUUGAUGGACGUCAAGCCUACAUGGAAGACCAGGCCAUUCGAGCUCUGGCAACCAAAGCCUUCUAUGAGGCCAACACUGAUGCGACACUCAGACAGGCCAUGCUCGCCAAGACCAGAACUGAUGAUGAACCUCUGCAAGUUGGCGACUAUGGCUACUACUGGCGAAUGAUGAUGGACAAAGAGGCAUCUAGGUGGCGUGGCCCAGCUUUGGUUUGUGCCGUCGAAAGUCGACCUGAUGGAAGACCUGAUGUAUACUGGAUGGCACAUGGCUCAUCACUGGUUCGUGUAGCACAAGUCAUGGCAAGACGUGAAGUUCCAGCAGAAAGAACAGCAAGGUUAGAGCAAUUGCCCGACACUGCAGCCCAAGAACCUGCUCAACAACGAGUUCUGCGAGCACUUCGGCCAGUGCGAGGCCCAAUUCGCUUUCUUGACCUUGCCCCCGAUGGACCUUCCGUUGACACAGAAGCAAAAGCAGCGCAGCGCACAGCAACAGCAAUCGAGCUCAAGAAUGAGGACGCAGACAGCAAAAGAAGCAUCAAAGAGGAGACAGAGGUCAAAGAGGAGAUCAAAAUGGUCAAACGUGACAGUGCAGCAGCAGAGCUUGAAACAAACAAUGACAUGGACGUAGAACAACAACCUGCAGCAGAAGUGAAAGCAGAAAAGCGAGAGAGAUCAAGAAGUCCACCAAAGGAGGACGAAGUACGUCUGAAAAUGUCUCAGGUUUCUUUCGAUGCAGCACGACGUUUGGAAGGUUUACCUCCGAGAGCAGCUACCAGACAGGAGCUCAACAGCAACUGGCAUGGUCCAGUUGACAACAUCGAUGUGGAUGACGAGCUGCUUGCGGAGGAGUUCAAUGAGAAGAGAUUGAGCUUGGAAGAGAGAGCUCAGUUUGACGAAGCCAAAGACCAGGCACUCAGAGUCUGGAUUGAAAAUGAUGCUUGGAGACCAGUGAACAUGGAGGAGGCUGACCCUGAGGAGACAGUCCCAGCACGCUUUCUUCAAAGAUGGAAGCCAAAACCUGCAGUUCAGGCGAAUGUCCGCCUUCAUGCGUAUGACAUGGCCCUUGAAGAGAUCUUUUUGUUUGAAGAGAACUACGCCCGGCCGAGCCAUGGCGUGCCGAUUCCUGAUGAAGGUCUAUGGCGUACAACGUAUGACGAGGUUCUGAAUGAGCCUGAUCAGGAAAUGUGGCGCAAACUGUCUUCCGGCAUUUUGGCGGGAAAGUUUGGUCAUCGAGCACGAGACUGGUGGUAUGCAAACACUGCUAGCGAUGUGCGUGCUGAGCGUUUUCUUCAAAGAGAUCACAGUGGACAACCAGUGAGCGAAUCCAAAAUGAAGACAUGGCAUCGUCUUUGCAAUUUCAGUGAUGGAAAGUUUCUGCGAGGCUUUCUGACUGGUUUUGCUGAGCAUUUACGUGAAACACAGGAAGAUCAACAAAGAGAAGUGGCAGAGCAAAUCAUGCAGGGCAAGCUGCGUGACAAGAUCAUUCAAACGCGCCUUGAGUCAGCACAGGCACGACACACGUGCGACGAGGAAAACAACUUUGAGGCCGAAGUCGUUGGAAUACGCCUGCAGCCAGGCGAGGUCGCUGCCUCCACCAAGCCUGGCGACCACGUGUCGCCAUGCCCGAAAUGGGCGGAGGCGCCCUGCCUUUCGAAGAGACAUUCUGCAGUGGAGGUGCCAAAACAUUGGCGCGUGGCCGCGCUGAGCAGCUGGGAGCGGGGACUUCUGGCUAGGAGCCUCCAAGAUCGGAUCCUCAAUAGCAACUGUCGCAUUUGCGGCAGAAAAGGGCACUGGAGGGCAGAAUGUCCUUACAAGGGAACCAGCCAGGGGUCAACAGCAGGAUCUACGACCUCUGGAGCAGGGCCUACUACGACCGUGAUCACUGAGGACAUCAUUGAGGGGCCCGAUGUGUUGCCCAUGGAGUUCAUGAACCUGCCGGUGCACGGCACGUUGGACGAGGAGGACAAACCUGAACACAGUAAGCCCAAUGCCAUCCAAGAAGAGAACCAGAUUUGCUUUGCAACGUCUAAGACGCUGCACAGCCCUUUGCUGGAGAAUCCCAUAAGAUCAAUCAUGUCGCUUCAGCAGCGCCUUCAAGCCAUGCAGAUGAAGGAGACGGUGCAGACCAACGAUCUGGACCACAUGACCCGAGAGCAACUAGCCAAAGAGGUCAUCGACUUCGGAGGCAAGCACAGGGGCAAGAGCUACCACGAUGUGUGGGUGGAAGAUCAAGAAUGGGUGCUGUUCAUGGUGAGCCGCUAUCCCGAGAGCCUGAAACCCAGUCACCGAGAAUUCCUUCGCUAUGUCGACCUCCAGCUGUCGGAACACGAGAAGCACCAGCUUCCCGUCCCAGUGAUGAAGAAGGCAGUGACACCAGUGGCCAUCAACAACCCCAAGAAUGCUCUCAAGGCAAAAGCCAAAGCCUCAUCGGCCUACAGCACCCAGGUCCACGACGCCUUAGUACCUACAGUGGAUUCCGAGGAAGAAUGGCUCAGUGGAGAGAUGUGCGAGUCACAACCUCAGACUAUGACCUCCGACCCAAUGGUCAACGAGAACGUGAUGGCUCUGCAAGAUCGCAUGCAGAACAUGGAACAAGCUCUGGGCCGUGUCAUCCAGUUCAUCAAGGAGAAGAGCCUGCCGCAGAACCACGAUCAGUGA